UCCCGCUAGAGCCGCCUCCGGGUGCCGCAGCCUCCCGCCUUCCCCGCGAUGCGCCUGGACGGCUGGAGCCCUGCCCGGAGGCGCGGCGGGUCCGGAUGCUGAGCCGCUCGCUGCGCUCCCUCCGGCUGCCGGGCGACGGCGAGGGCGAGGCGGCCGUCACGCUCCGAGCCGUCCGCAGCCGCAGCCCCGAUGCCCAGGAGCGGCGCCAGCCGGACGCGCCGCCGGCCCCGCUGGCGUCGUGGGAGGAGGCGGAGGAGGGCGCCGUCUACACGGUGAGCGCGCGGGGGCCGGAGGGGCCCGGCGGAGGCGGCGGCGGGGUCGAGGGGGCGGCCGGCGCAGCGGAGCCGUCCGAGGGCAGCGCGGGAACUUCCUUUGCCGCCGCCGCCGCCUCCGCCGCGCAGUCCCGGGCGCUGAAGGCCGGCUCGCUGCCCCGCCUGGUGCGGCACCUGCUGGAGGCUCCGGCUCUCGGGGACGCGGGCUACCGGCCGGCCUUCCUGGCCACCUACCGCAGCUUCGCCCAGCCGACCGUCGUCCUGGGGCUCCUCCUGGAGAGGCUCCAGGCAGUGACCGGAUCCAAUGCUCGCAGCCCCCAGAAGAUGGAGGACCUGCAGCGAGCCCUGGCCUCCCUGCUCUGCCCCUGGCUGGACGGCUACCCCCAGGACUUUAUGGGGCUGGAGCCCCGCCUGCGGGAACAGCUGGUGAGCUGGCUGCACUGGGCCUGGGGAAGCAGCCCGGGGCCCGAGAAGAGCCUGCCGGAAGUUCCGAGCAGGAGGGACUCUCCGGCGGUUGAGCGUGGAGGAGAGGAGGGCCCCGGCCAAGAUGGGGACCCCGAUCCCCACUACAUCCUGGGGCUGCAGGCGGAAGAGGUGGCUGCGCACCUCACAGCGCAGGACGGGGACCUCUUCCUGCGCCUGGUGCCCCAUGAGUGCCUCGGCUCCGCUUGGUCUCAGCGCGACAAGAAGGGCCACGAGGGGGACUGCCCCACCGUCCGGGCCACCGUGGCCCAGUUUAACCUCGUGGCCAACGCCGUGAUCUUUUCCUGUCUGUGGGACACGGGGCUGCGUGCCACCCAGCGGGCCCGGCUGCUGGAGAAGUGGAUCUGCGUGGCCGAGGAGUGUCUCCUCCUGCGCAACUUUUCCUCGCUCUACGCUGUGGUCUCCGCCCUGCAGUCCACGUCUUUGCACCGGCUGAAGCGGACCUGGGAGGAGACCUCCAGGGAGUCUGCCCGUUGCUACGAGGAGCUCAGCACCAUUUGCUCGGAGCAGGAUAACUACAGCCAAAGCCGGCAGCUCCUCUUCCAGGAAGGUGGGCCUGGAGCAGCAGCAGGAGGGGCCGAGCUCCCCCAUCGCAAGCAUCAGCGGAGGCUGCUGGAACAACGCCCAUUGGGCGUGAUCCCCUACCUGGGCACCUUCCUGAAGGACCUGGUGAUGCUGGAUGCGGCCACUCCCACCCGCCUGCAGACCAGUGGCUACAUCAACUUUGAGAAGCACCGGAAGGAGUUUGAGAUCCUCACCCGGCUGCGCCUCCUGCAGGCCAAAUGCCGCAACUACGCCUUGGCUCCCGACCGGGCCCUCCAGCGAUGGCUGCGGUGCCUGCCCCCCCUGACGGAGACCCAGAGUUACCAGCUGUCCUGCGCCAUUGAGGCCCCCAGCGAGGGAGGGGCUCCCCCCAAGCCCAGCAAGCCCACCUUGGUGAUAACACGCUGCACAGACCUGAUCGCCUUGCUGGGAGUAAGUGCCCCACUGCCCUGGGACAGAACUGGCUCCCCCCACGUCUCGCCCAACCUGCUGGGCCCAUCGGCUGCCUCCCCCACUGCUCCGGGCCCCCCCCAACCAGUCCAGGGCAAGUGGCCUUCCGUCUCAGCCUUGGACAUGUCACCCCCAUCCUCCCCCGGGGACGGCCUGGCCCCGCUCCCUGACACAGGGGGCGGCUUCAUCAAGGGCCACCGGCGCUCGGCCUCCUGCGGCUCCGUCUACCCCCAGGCCCCCAACAAGGGCGGCGCCUCCCCCUCAGACUGCUGCAUCAUCCGGGUCAGCAUGGCCCUGCAGAAUGGCACCCUCUACAAGAGCAUCCUGGUAACAAGCCAGGAUAAGGCCCCCACUGUGGUGGCAAAGGUGCUGGAGAAACACAACCAGGACCAGAAUCUGGCACAUGACUACGAGCUGGUGCAGUUGUUGCCGGAUGGCCGAGAGCUGGUCUUCCCCCCCAUGGCAAACGUCUUCUGCACCAGGAACGGCUUCAGCCUGGACUUCCUCCUCCAGCCCAAGGGGCCACCGAGGAAGACCCCCCCUCCGACCCCCCCACCCAGGAGCCCCCGAGCCAGGGAGACGGACAUCAGCGCCACCUUCCCGAAGAUCAAGGCCACCGGCCGCAGGAUCGCCCGGGCCCUUUUCUGAGGGGGAGGAGCUCUGGAGUGGGGGGGCCACAUAUGGCUCUGUUGGGGACCCCCAGGACAAGACUGGGACCUCACUCAGGACACGAAGUGGGGGGCCCCUCAGCAGCCCCCCAGGCUGUGCAAGAGUUCUGGAGUCUCUGCUGCCCAGAGGACCGAAAGGCAGGGAGGACUGUGGGGCGGCCGUGGGGCUGAGUGGGGCGUCCUGGAAAAGGCCUCUCAGGGGGUCUCAGGUGACUGAAGGGCCUUCAUUGCUGCUUCUCCAAGGAGAGUCUCUCCUCUGUGUGUGUGUGUGUGUGUGUGUGUGUGUGUGAAGACCUGCGUGCCUGUUCAGCAGAGCCUUUGCUGAGAUACAAAUAUGGGGAGGGGGGCUGAGUUUUCCCCCCUCAUCCCCCUCGUUGGCUUCUCUGCCCUCCCAGCGUCUCUCAAGGGACCCGUUCUCUGCUCCUCCUUCCCAGAGUGAAGGCUGGGAUCUCCCUGGAUCUGGUGGCCUUGGCUAAGGGCAAGAGGGGUUGCAGCUGGAGGGUCGCAGCCGUGGCUGUGAGUGGUGGUGGGGUCUCUGCUGGUUGGGAGGUCCGGGGCGACAGGCAAGCCUGGGCCAGACUAGAUGGCCUCUACUACCUCCUCCCUCCGAAGAAAGAGAGGAGGCCGGGGAGCCUCAGCAGGAGAAGCUCCAUCCGUCAUUCUUCUCACCCACCUGCCAGGUGGAGCCUCCGUCUUUCAAAGGUUGCAGGAAAAGCCAGAAAUUCAUCAGCUACAGAAAAACCAAAAUCCUUUUGCAUCCCAUAACUGGAUUAACUCCUGAGUGCUCUGGGAGGAAAAAAGAUGAGGAAGAAAAUUAGAAUAUGAAAUAAAAUCUUUGGUGUAAA